GUCAAAAAACAAGCACAUUUGGUUUCUCAGUUUAUGACCCCUUUAAAGUACCCAUAAGAUUAGACACUAACCUCCCCGAAACCCUCCAGUGCACGCAGGGCAAACAGCCACUUAGCUCCGAGUUGAGCUGACAGCGGGGUGAGGAGCGUGAGGAGAGCCGUUCCCAGCACACCUCCACCCAGAAACAGGCUUCCUCCAAAGCGACCUGAUAAAUAACCUCCUGGGAUCUGAGUAAACAGGUAUCCAAAAAAGAAAGCACCAAGAAGCAUUCCCUGUGUCUCUGAAUUCCACGGGUAUCUCGGAAUCUGGGAACAGAAAAUUAAAGGAUUGAGAUUGAAUAAUGGCUCCAUCGGCUGCUUUUCGUCUGUUGUCUGUCUCUGGAUGUCUGCUGUUAUUGUGUGGCACAUCAUGGGCAUCUAAUGGCACAGUUCCUCUGGUGAUUUGGCAUGGGAUGGGUGACAGCUGUUGUAAUCCUCUGAGUAUGGGUGCAAUAAAGAAGAUGGUGGAGCAGGAAGUCUCAGGAAUAUAUGUGCUUUCCCUCAUGAUCGGCAAAUCUGUUUUUGAGGACACUGAAAAUGGCUUCCUAAUGGAUGUUAAUAAGCAGGUGUCUUUCGUUUGUGACCAACUGGCCAAAGAUCCCAAACUAAAGGAAGGCUACAAUGCAAUGGGCUUUUCACAGGGCGCACAGUUUCUGCGAGCGGUGGCACAGCGCUGUCCAGAUCCGCCAAUGAGGAACCUCAUCUCUGUUGGUGGACAACAUCAAGGAGUGUAUGGUCUUCCUCGGUGUCCUGGCGAAAGCUCUCAUAUCUGCGACUGGAUCCGCAAGCAGCUCAACUCAGGCGCUUAUACAGACGCAGUUCAGAAACACUUAGUUCAGGCGCAAUACUGGCACGAUCCUCUCAAUGACGACCUGUAUAAAAAAUACAGCCUCUUCCUUGCUGACAUCAAUCAGGAGCGGGUGGUGAAUGAGACGUACAAGAAGAAUCUGAUGUCUCUGAAUAAGUUUGUGAUGGUGAAGUUCCUGCAGGACUCCAUCGUUGAUCCUGUGGACUCUGAGUGGUUUGGCUUUUAUAAAGCUGGUCAAGCUGAAGAACUGGAAACACUGCAAGAAAGCCCCAUAUACAAAGAGGAUCGUCUGGGUUUGGCAGCGAUGGAUUCAGCAGGGAAGCUUGUGUUUCUGGCCUCUGAAGGAGAUCAUCUGCAGUUCACCCGAGAGUGGUUUAAUGAGAAUCUGCUGUCCUACUUGCUCUGAAAACACACUUGCUUAUUCCCAAUAAGAGUUUACACGCAAACGCGCGCACAGUGCUUUUAUUUUCUGAUUUCAGCAUGUUCGUAACUAUCGUCUCAGAUACAUAUGCGAUGACUUGUAUAGAAAUGAAGCCAGUCUUGCUUGUUUUAUUGCACUGAUCUUUUAUUUGAUUUAAUGGAACCAAGAAAUCAGGUUUACCUUGACAUUUAGGUUUUAAUUAUACUAAUUACGUACUCUUUUUAGGUCAUUUUUGUUAGGCAAUAAAAAUACAGCGUACAAA